GAGUCCGCAGUCACAGAAAGAAAUUGAGUUUACAGCGAAGAAGCGAAAAGCCAGAAACGAAGCGAUGGCUCAAGUUAAGCCACAUCAUCAUCAUCCUCUUUCUUCCAUUUCUUCAUCUUUCGUUACCGGCGGAGAUGGACGUUAUCUCCCAACUGUACUGACUGUGAAACCUUCGAGGAAGCUCGCCGACGCCAAGUCUCGUUCUGUUUGCCGAUGUUCCUGGCAGGAGGUUGUGGGAGUGUUGGUAUUCUCGGCGAUUCCUUUCACGGCGGUUAAAGCCAUCGCUAAUAGUCCUCUGGGUGAGUCCCUGCAGAGGCGAUUGGAGGAGAAGAAGAAAGUAGCACUCCAGAAUUCCUCAAAGUUCCGGGCUUUAUCUGAGAAGGCUAGAAAUGAGAGCUUUUGGUAUGGAGAAGAUCGUCCUCGCUGGCUUGGUCCCAUCCCAUACAAUUAUCCCAAGUACCUUACUGGAGAACUGCCUGGGGAUUAUGGCUUUGAUGUUGCAGGUCUAAGCAAGGAUCCUGCAGCAUUCCAAAAAUAUUUUAACUUUGAAAUACUGCAUGCCCGUUGGGCCAUGCUUGCAGCCCUUGGUGCUCUGGUUCCAGAAGUAUUAGAUCUGCUGGGAGUCUUUCACUUUGUUGAACCUGUCUGGUGGAGAGUAGGCCUUUCAAAACUAAAGGGAGAGACAUUGGACUACCUAGGCAUCCCAGGGCUGCAUUUAGCUGGAAGCCAAGGAGUAGUUAUCAUUGCUAUUUGCCAAGUCCUUCUGAUGGUUGGACCAGAAUAUGCAAGAUAUUGUGGGAUUGAGGCUUUGGAGCCACUGGGGAUUUUCUUGCCUGGUGACAUUAACUAUCCAGGAGGGGUGCUCUUUGACCCCUUGAACCUCUCCAGUGAUCCAGUAGCAUUUGAGGAGCUGAAAGUGAAGGAGAUUAAAAAUGGGCGAUUAGCAAUGGUUGCUUGGCUAGGCUUCUACGUCCAAGCAGCUUUGACAGGUAAAGGCCCUGUACAAAACCUACUUGAACACAUCUCAGAUCCACUUCACAAUAACUUGCUUUCCAUGCUCAAAUUCUUUUAAACCAUCAGUGUAAAUAUUAUAGCCUGUAAAAUUCCUGGAACUAUUAUACAAUCUUUUGGCUUUCUACCCCUGACCAUUUAAAAAAAAAAAAACCCAUCUUUUUGUCUUGACGUGGGACCUGUCCUGCCAUCCAUAUUUAAGGCAGAAUGAGAAUCAGAGCCCUAGUCUACUAAAAAAAUUGGAUCCAUCCAGCUCAUGCAUCUAGAUUAGAUAUUGAAAAAAAGUAUGCAUUAUCUUAAUUCCUCUGUAAUGCACCAGUGUAGCAGGCUUAGAUUUGUCGGUAUUUUCCUUUAUUGACUUAGAAUAGACGAAAAGAAAUAAUUAAAGAUUAAUUGAUUUG